GGAUGAGCAGGUUCGGUCUUAACCAAGGCGAUCGAGAGUGAUCUUGCAAAGCUUGAAGAGCUUGUUGCUGCCGGGGGUUGUGAACGUCUGUCUUGGAGUACGACAUUGCAGUGGUGGUAAGAUGGGAUGAAAGACUGCGGACGGGCAAACCUCGGCUAGCUUCCCGUACCCUUGCACAUCCUCCUCUCACCACCAACGUCACGCUCCCGUAACCACCAAUCAACUCUAGCCCGGCCAUGAAGCUCACUGAAGACGACCUCUAUCGCAACUCGACACAGUAUCGAAACUGGUCCUUUACUCGCGCACAGCUUGCCGAGCAACGUCUAAGGAUCAACCUCCAGGCCACUGAGCGCGUCAAGGCGAACCUUGCGCGAGUGCGAGCGCAGCGCGCUCAGGAUGCUGUAGACAGUGACGCUGCGCCACCUGGCGCGGACAAGGAGAAUGCGAGCGGGGCAAAUACUCCCAAUUCAGGCAUGCAGACGACGACUGAGGUCAAUUGUCUGACUGCUGAAGAGGAACUCACCGUGGUCAAUGAGUUUUGCGAACGCGCCAUCGCUCUAGGAAACCACUACAGCUUUCCAUUGAACGUAGUUGCAACAUGUAUUCAGUUCAUGCGCCGCUUCUAUCUCUACAACUCGCCCAUGACCUACCACGUCAACACCAUCCUACGCACCAUCAUGUUUAUGGCCACCAAGAUUGAGCUGUUCAACAUCCACGUCUCACAGUACGCAGAAGGCGCCGGGCGUAAUGUGACCACCGAAGACGUGCUCGCACCCGAAUACAUCAUCAUGCAAGGAUUGCGGUACAACCUUGACGUACGUCACCCUUUCCGCGCUCUCAAGGCUGGUCACAUGGAGCUACUGGAGAUGGUACACGGAAAGUACCAGGGACCAGUCCAGGAUAUAACGCCAAAGGAAGUGCAGAACAAGAUUCUCUCACUACCUGCCAAGACUGGUGGUACGGCCAUCAAGAUGCCAGAGAAAAAGGUUGAAGAGCGAAUCCACGCAGCAUACGGCACCGCAACAAACACACUCCGUACUAUUGCUGUGCUUACAGACGCAUACUUCCUCUAUACCCCAUCGCAAAUCUGGCUCUCAGCCCACCUCCUCGCAGACGAACCCCUCACGCUAUUCUACCUCUCCACCAAACUCCCCCAAUCACAUCCCCACCACGCCAAACUCCUAUCUACUCUGCGCUCAUGUGCCUCUCUCAUCUCCAGCCACCGCUUAUACGUCAACGCCACGCUCUCUGCCACUGAGCGCGACGCCCGCGAAGCAAAACACAAAGCUGAAGUCAAAGCCCUCGUGCAAAAGUUGAAGAACUGCCGGGACCCAGAUAAGGUCGAUUUAGUAAAACUGAAUCAGGCGCAGAAGAGAGAUGCAGUUCAGGGCGAUGCGCUAGAGGAAAGUAAAGCUAAGAGGAGGAAGCUUGCCAGAGAGGGUUAUGAAAAGGAAUCCGAUGCGUUUUGGGGACCUGAAUUGGUCAAGUCGGACAAGACGGAGAAGUAGUAGAGUCUUGGUUCUUUUUCUUCUUCCGAGCUACAUGGUUGCAAUGUAAUAUCAGGAUGGCGGAGUUGCUUUGUACAAUACGCGUAUUUGGAUUGGGGGCGUUUUACAGGGAAACAAAAGGGUUUAAUAAUGAUACCAUGAAGCGAGUCUCAUUUUCAAGAGAAUAACUGAGUUAACUAGAUUAAGAUGCGUAGAAACCAAAGGUUUUCUCUUACAUGUCUAUUCAAACAGGAGAUUUGGUAGAAUGUAGGGAUUGGCUAGCGAUGCGAUACGUAAGUAUAGAUUCUAGGUGAAACCAACGUGUUUUCCCGAUUAGGCAAGUUUUGAG